AUGGUUGCUCGAACUAUCCCGAGCUCACAGCUGCUGAGUUCCGUCUCUCAUCGGGUUCGCCCCUCGGCAGCUAUUCGGAUCGCCCCAACAACCUCCAAACAGGUCACCCGCGCAUUGGCCACUGUACAAGACGGCAAUCCACAACCACCCAAAAAAACGCAUUAUGGAGGUCUCAAAGAUGAGGAUCGCAUCUUUCAAAAUCUCUAUGGUCAUCAUGGCACGGAUCUUAAAACGGCAAUGAAAUUUGGGGAUUGGUACAAGACAAAGGAGAUUCUACUCAAGGGUCAUGAUUGGCUCAUUUCUGAAGUUAAGGCUUCUGGCCUGCGCGGCCGAGGUGGCGCUGGGUUUCCGUCGGGAAUGAAAUGGUCAUUCAUGAAUUUCAAAGACUGGGAUAAAGAUACGAAGCCAAGAUAUCUCGUCGUGAAUGCCGACGAAGGCGAGCCGGGGACCUGCAAGGAUAGAGAAAUCAUGCGCAAGGACCCACACAAAUUGGUAGAAGGCUGUCUGGUCGCUGGUCGAGCCAUGAACGCCACGGCCGCUUAUAUCUAUAUUAGAGGAGAAUUCUACCAUGAGGCCACUGUUCUCCAGCGAGCAAUCCAAGAAGCAUACAAGGCGGGUCUGAUUGGCAAAAAUGCUUGCGGAAGCGGUUACGACUUUGACGUUUUUAUUCACCGCGGGAUGGGAGCCUAUGUCUGUGGGGAAGAAACCUCCCUCAUCGAGUCGCUCGAAGGCAAGCCUGGCAAACCACGCUUAAAGCCCCCGUUCCCAGCUGCUGUCGGACUGUUUGGCUGUCCUUCGACUGUCACCAAUGUCGAGACUGUCGCAGUCUCUCCUACCAUUAUUCGACGUGGCGCAAACUGGUUCAAUUCUUUUGGGCGCGAGCGCAAUUCUGGAACUAAGCUCUACUGUAUUUCUGGCCAUGUCAACAACCCUUGCACUGUUGAAGAGGAAAUGAGCAUUCCUCUCCGCGAACUCAUUGAGAAGCAUUGCGGCGGUGUACGUGGUGGUUGGGACAAUCUUUUGGCCAUCAUUCCCGGUGGCUCGUCGACUCCAGUUCUCCCCAAAUCGAUAUGCGACACCCAACUGAUGGAUUUUGACGCUCUCAAGGAUAGCCAGUCUGGUCUCGGUACCGCAGCCGUAAUUGUCAUGGACAAGAGCACGGAUAUUGUCCGCGCCAUUACGCGUCUGAGCAAAUUUUACCACCACGAGAGUUGCGGUCAGUGUACUCCCUGCCGUGAGGGAAGCAAGUGGACACAUCAGAUUAUGGAGCGGUUCCUUACGGGCCAGGCCCGUGCGAGAGAGAUUGAUAUGAUGCAGGAGCUGACCAAGCAAGUCGAAGGUCAUACCAUUUGCGCCCUCGGGGAAGCCUUUGCGUGGCCCAUUCAAGGCCUCAUUCGGCAUUUCCGGCCUGAACUUGAGGCUCGUAUCAAGGACUAUGCAGCACACCACGGAGGUGAAGCUCUCGCUGGUGGAUGGAGUCACAACUCAACUCGACAUGGUGGCCUAAUUGCGCCUGGGCAGUAA